UGAAGGGUCUCGACCCCGAAACGCCACCCAUUCCUUCUCUCCAGAGAUGCUGCCUGUCCCGCUGAGUUACUCCAGCUUUUUAGUGUGUCUAUUUUCACUGUAAAUUAUUCCUUGGUGUACACUAAUGGGCGAAAUAAUCUUAGGGGUGUUGAUGAACAUGUGUGAGAGAACAGAUUGCAGAGUAGGUCCAGGUGGGUUACAGGUCGAUUUGGUUCAAGAUCAAGGAUAACUUCCAGCUUUGUAUUUAAAGAAUAUCUGAAAAUGCAGCAGGAAUCGUGCAACAGCAACAUAAGAGGACAACCCAAUUAUGCUGCUGAUGUGAGAAGAUUAUGGACAGCCAACACCUGCCUUAAAAUACGCUUUCUUGGGAAAACUAUUCUGUGGAUGAAGAUACUUUGCUUCCCUCACAAUUUAAUGUUCAAUAGUUUGGUAAGAACUUAUCUUACAAACGCCUAUCCAGUUUUAAAUGGGAAACUUCAGCCAAUUCACCAACAUGUUUUUGAAUCUAAUUUACAAAAUAGUAUGAUCCACAGUAAAAGGUAUUUGGAGCUGAUGAAACAGGUGCAGAAAGGUGGAGGUGAAAAAGCGAUUCUGAGGCACACCCAGAGGAACAAAAAACUGUUGGUCCGAGAUCGUUUACGGUUGCUUCUGGACAAAGGGGAGAUAUUGGAACUGUCUCCUUUUGCUGGUCUGGGAAUGCCAUAUGGAGAUAUUCCUGCUGCUGGCUGCUUAACUGGAAUAGGUAAAGUCAGUGGAGUUUGGUGUGUAUUCAUUGCUAAUGAUGCAACAGUCAAAGGAGGGACAGUUUAUCCAGUUGCAGUGAAGAAACAGCUGAGAGCCCAGGACAUUGCAAUUCAAAACAGACUGCCUUGUAUAUAUUUGGUGGACAGCGGAGGAGCAUUUUUGCCACUUCAGGCAGAUAUAUUUCCUGACAAGAAUCAUGGCGGUAGAACAUUCUAUAAUGAAGCGAUAAUGUCUGCUACAGGCAUUGCUCAGGUGGCAGUUGUUUGUGGUUCAUGCACAGCUGGUGGGGCGUAUAUCCCAACCAUGGCAGAUGAAACAGUAAUGGUGGAUAAGAUUGGGACAAUAUUCCUUGCUGGACCUCCACUGGUUAAAGCAGCAACAGGAGAAGUUUCUAGCCCUGAAGAUCUGGGAGGAGCAACUAUGCAUGCAAAGGUUAGCGGUUGCAUUGAUCAUUUUGCAGCCACAGAAGAAGAAGCAUACAAAUGUGCCAGGAACAUCAUAGCCACUUUAAAUCUUGAACUUCCACCAAAUAUGCCAACUGACUUCGAAGAGCCUCUCUAUGCAGCUGAAGAACUAAAUGGUCUUGCUCCAAGAGAUUACGCAUAUACUUUGGAUAUCAAACUGGUUCUGAGUCGUUUGACAGAUGGUAGUAAAUUAUUGGAGUUCAAAGCAUUGUUUGGGACUACACUGUUAACUGGCUUUGCUCAGAUUAAAGGUCAUCUUGUUGGAAUUGUGGCUAACAACGGAGAACUCACUCAUAAUGCCUCUCUAAAAGGCAGCCAUUUUGUACAACUUUGUGACCAGAGAAAUAUUCCUAUCAUAUUUCUUCAGAAUACAAGACCAAAUGUUACCGUGACAAGGACGCUAUCCAAGGCUGGAGCUGUUACGAACCAACUGAAGGCCCAAGGCUCCAUGAUAGCGUCUGUAGCAUGUGCCACUGUUCCCAAGAUAACCAUUGUAAUCGGAGGCUGCUAUGGUGGUGAAAGCUUUGCUAUGUGUGGUAGAUCAUUUGAUCCAAACUUCCUUUUUUUAUGGCCUAAUGCCAGGAUUGGACUAGUUAGCCCAAAUCACUGCUCAGACUUCCUGGAAACUGAUGGAAACAUCCAAGAUGAGGCACAGCUGAAGACCAUGAAAGAAAUGCUUGAGGUUGAAACCUCUGCUUUUCAUUCCACCUCUCGGAUUUGGGAUGAUGGUGUAAUACUGCCUGCAGAUACUCGAACGGUAAUUGGUCAGUGUUUAAAUAUCUUCAAACAAAAACCUCAGUUUCAUUCUCACCCAGAAAGGCAGGUUACACUGAGGAUAUAAACACAGAAAUUGACCAAUGAAGAAAGAAAUGUAAUGAAUAAAAAAAAUGAAAAAAAACCAAGGAAUUUUGCUUCUUUUGAUUAAGGAUGGCAGAGCAGACUCAAUUUUCAAAAAUGCUUAAUGUAAUUAUUAUGACUUAAGUGCCUGUUUAAAAAUAAGCAAAUCAUUGUGAUUCCUCAAGAUAGCUAUUUGUUGCAUGGAAUGCAGAAAUAAUCAACUGCUGGUUCAAGUUGCUCAAGGUUUCAUGUUUGCAGAGUGGAGUCAUUUCAAUAAACAACAUGCAGUGAUUAUCUAUCACCUGAGAUAAAACACACUCUUAUUCAUUUGUAACAAAUACCUGAAAUGAACUGUUUCUGCAGCUUAGUCUCUCACUGCUAUCCUCAAACUGAUCAUCCUUAUUUGUUCAUUUAAACAAUGAAACCUGGACUGAGUUGGAGACCAAAGCAUAUGUAACUAUGAAGUAAACCAGCCCAAAGUU